AUGUCUUCCCCCGAUACCCCACGGAGAUCGACCGAGAGCUUCGAGUUCCUGUCGCCGAACCCGCCGCAGGGCGCCUUCCCGUUCCCAUCAGCGAACCAUGACUGGACAAACAGGCCCAGCUCCACGGGCGGGCGCUACAAGCCGCGACGUGGCUCAACCGCGUCUUCGAUACACUCGGUUGGGGGCGCACUCGACAGCGGCUUCAAGAGCACCAUGGGCGCGGUGAGAGAGCAGAGCAACAAUGCCAUCUCCACGUUGCUCACGCCGCCCAUCAUGCGGACUGGCAUGGUGCCGCAUACGACUGCCACGGCGACCGCAGGCCACCGCCCUCCAUCCACGAAAGACAUCCCACCCGUGACUCUGACAAAUGUACCCCACAUCGAGCCGUCCACCUUCAACCCAUACCUGUCGCAAGUCGGCGGUCUGUACGACGCUUUCCAACGCGCAAAGGCCGAAGCCGAAGCAGAGGCCGCCCAGCCGGUAAGGAGAGGGUCGAAGAAGGAGGACGCGACUGAGUCACCAGCGGGGACACCUAAUCUAGCAGGCACGCCCUUCUCUUCCAACGGGCCACCGAAACCGAAGCGUCGAACGAGCGGAUCCAAGCGCGCACUCCCAGCCAUCACGCCGCUAUCUACAAUACCCAACAUCUACUUCGACGAGAACUUCCACCUAGAAAACCCGCGAACCUUUGACGUAGUGAGCGAGCGAUCCGAGGUGGUCAGGCCAGCGCGGACAGCAAGCAACGAUGAUUUUGGGGCAAACGGCUCUCUGGACGUCCCACAACCUCCCGGGCGGAAAGCUCUGGCUACGAACGCGAUUCUACAAGAGAAGCUGUCGUGGUACAUGGACACGGUUGAGGUGCACUUGAUUUCGGCCAUAUCCACCGCAUCGACAUCCUUCUUCGCCGCGCUCGGCUCCCUCCGCGAGCUUCAGACGGAAGCAUCAGAUUCGGUCGCAAGGAUCAAAGGUCUCAGGGAAGACUUGAAGAGGCUGGAUGAGCAAAUGGCAAUAGGAGGCUUGAAGGUCGUCGAAAUGAAGAGGCGGAGAGAGAAUUUGAGGAGGCUGACAGACUCGGUCGACCAGUUACAGGCUGUCAUCGUCGGACUCUCGCACUGCGACGAAGCCGUUGUCGAUGGUGACCUUGAAACCGCCAUGGCCCGGAUAGAAGUCAUCGAACGACUGAUAACAGGCGCGCUGGACACGACUGAUACACAGAGCACCUCAUGGCUUGACACACGAUUACCUCCGCAGUUGAUCGAUUUGCGACACUUGAGAGCACUAGACGGAGUCUUCGAGAACAUUACCGAGCUCAAGUUCCGCGUGGGCAGAGGCUUUGAAGUACGCUUUGUCGACACUCUGCUCACUGACCUGCGAGAGCAUGUCAAGCGAGUUCCGGCUCAUGAUACCCUGGAACGAUGGACUGCUGCAUCGCAAAAAGCACGCGGGGCCAACCAGAAACCGAAGACGACCUUACCAGCCUACAUGACGACAGAUGAAAAGUUACGAGCGGAGCUACGAGCUAGUCUCUAUGGCCUGAGCGGAGCACAAUUCACCAACCAAGCUAGCGCAACUUUCAGGGAGGCUAUGAUCAAAGAGAUGAAAGUUCUCAUCCGGAAACAUUUGCCGAGCUCAUCAGAAGACGAUACUGGUUCUAUGGCUUCUGUGUCAACAAGAGGCGGUCGAGGAACUAGUCAGCAGGACAAGAAUUCGAUCCUUGCGCGUAAUUUGCGCGCAAUGGAUCCUGAGGACGCCGAGGUCUUUUUCGCUAAUAUUUUCACCAACAUCGGAGAGGCGCUCCGCCGUCUAAGCACACUGAUCAAGGUGCUUCUUGAUGUCACAAGCGGCGUGACUACCCCUCCCGCCUCUGCUGGCGGGCUUCGCUCUCCUCCAAGGAGUCCGUAUAUGCACAGUAUCGAUGAUUACGUGGGCAAUAACGUGCCAGCGCCAAGCUCCAACGAUCUGCAGAUGGAACUUAUGCAAGCUCUGGAUAUGUCAAGUUUGUUAGGCCAGGCUGUCGACGCAGCACAGACACAGAUCACCAAGCUCCUCAAAGUUCGCUCAGAAGCUACAGCUAAUCUCCCAUUGGAACGCUUCCUACGGUACUUCAACAUGUGUCGGCUUUUUGCGGAUGAGUGUGAAGCUGUCUCAGGACGUUCCGGUGCUGCACUUAAGGGUGUGGUGAACACCCACAUCAACGACUUCGUCUCCAAAUUUGCAGACUUCGAGAAACAAGAACUGAUAAAAGCAAUGGAUUCAGAUCGUUGGGAACCGAAAGACUUUGACGCAAGCGACACUGUGGUCCUAGCACGGUUGUUGAAGGGAAUGGAGAGCGACCCACCAAGCUGGGCCGAAACUGGUGACAUUCUUCGAGAGAUCGAAAAGCCGACCACAAAUGGCACUUUAGUACAAACCAACGGCGCAUCCGAAGAGAAGCCAAAGGAAAAGAACAAGACCACUAUCCCUGCCGUUGUGGAUGAGGAGAAGUACACCAUCUCUGAAUCAUCUACAGUCGUCCUUCGAGGUAUCGAGCGCUUCGAAAUUCUGGUUUCCGCGAUGCCAAGUAUGACUUCGGAAGUCUCCACCUCCCUUUGCGACUACAUUAAGCUUUUCAACUCCCGACUUUGUCAACUGAUUCUCGGCGCGGGCGCCAUGCAGUCAGCUGGCUUGAAGAAUAUCAACACCAAACAUCUCGCCAUUGCUUCUCAGACACUUUCCUUCCUUGUCGCCAUCCUACCUUACAUCCGCGAGUGCUUCCGGCGCCGUACUGCAUCAGCUUCGAACAAAUCCUCAAUCGGCGAGUUUGACAAUGUCAAGCGCCUGUUGUACGACCAACAAAACCAAAUCCACGAAAAGCUCACAGGCAUCUUAGCUGGGAGGGCGAAGGUUCACAUGCGCAGCCUCAAGAAAGUGGAAUGGGAUACUGAGGCUGAAGUCAACAAAGAUGUCAGCCCCAGCAUGGAGAGCUUGACCAAGGACACGGUGACCAUGCAUAAGGUGAUUAACAAGUACUUGAGCGACAUUCAGGUCCGCAUGAUUAUGGGACCUGUAUUUGAGAGCUACAGAGAGGAGGUCGGUGGUGUCAUCAAGGAGGCGGCAGUGAAGACGCCCGGUGGUAAAGCACGAUUGCUACGCGAGGCGAAGCUAUUCGAUGCGAAACUCGGGCCUAUCGAUGGUGCUGGCAACGUUGGUUCUCAUCUCAUCGGUCUCGUAGUCAGCAAAACUGUUGCGCAGCCCAAGGCGGAACCUAAGGUGGAGCCUCAAAAAGAAAUCAAAGAGAACAAGAGCGAGGAAACGGAGCAGAGCACAGAAGUGGAGGCCGAGAAAGCGAGCACCGAAGCGACUUGA